CAUCCCGGGAUCCCAGACUUAAUAAUUCCGCCCCCAAACUGGUCUAUAAUACGGACUGCUAAAUUUAUACCCAAGGGGGCUAGCGGGCUCCACGCGAAUCAAGGUUAAUUAAACUCUUCUGCCUGGUUUUCAACCUCUAUUCAACCUCGUCCAGAACCGGGCAUCCCGGAUCAAGCCUUCCACGGCAUAUUGUACACCUCAAAGUCACCCAUAUGAAAAGAUGGCCGAGCCACGGACCUUUCUCCGACUCGCAAGCCCCAACGAACGCCGCACAAUCAGUCGCGAAGACGUCGGGUUCUACAACGCGCUGGUCAUCGGCGCAAUCUACGAGAUCGAAAGUCAAAAUGUGGACAUGACUUUGCCCGAGACAUUUAUCGCGCCCCUGAAACAAUGCGUGCUCGAGUAUCCGUUUCUCAGCGCCGUCGUUAGCAGCAAGGAUACGGAUAAGGCGGCCUACGAGGGUGUUUCCAGGAUGGAUCUCAAGGAGCAUAUCUCUACCCUCCCCGAGUCGACGGGGGAGAAUGAAGUGGGGGCAAUUGAGAAGGUUCUACCUUCGAUACUCGACAGGCCGUGGCCCGCUGAGAUCCCGCCCUGGCGCAUCGUCGUUCUCCCUCUGGCACCGGCCAACUCAGUCUCAACACGCUGCUUCAUCGCCUUCUCCUUCUCCCACACAAUCGGCGACGGCAAGGUCGGUCUCACCUUCCACCGCACAUUCCAAGCCGCCUGGAUCGAGUCCCUUACCUCCCCCGAGAACGACCCAUCCUUCUCACUUUCUCUUCCAAAAGGAACUCUUUCCGAGCCAUUCGAUACGCCCGAGCGCCUUCCCAUAUCCUGGAAGUUCCUCCUCGCACCCCUCGCAGGCGCCAUCCUCCCCAAGACGCUAACGCACAUCCUCGGCCUCCGCGCGUCGGCUAGUUCCAUUGACGCGGGGACGUGGACGGGUGCGCCCAUAUUUUUUGAUUCGACGGCGGAGUGCAGUCGUGUGCGACUACUCGAGAUUGAGGCGCCGCUUGUAGCGAAUGCGCUUGCAACGUCAAGGGCUCAUGGCGCAAAACUCACCGCAACGCUCCACCAGCUUAUCGUGCGUGCGCUGAGCGAGGCACUUCCAAGUAAGGAAGUCAAAAACUUUGUCUCCGGGACGGCGGUCGAUAUGCGUGCUUCGAUUGACGUCCCCGCGGGCGAGUGGGGGCUGUAUGUCUCGGGGCACUACGAGGUCCAUCCUCGGAUUUCGUCUACUGCUGACUCUGGAGAUGUCGCGCAAAGGAAGCCGGCCUUAUCAGAGGAGAUGUGGGAAUCAGCAAGAACCAUGACACGCAAUCUCGCCGCAUGCGGUAUGCGACUCCAGGACCAAGCGAUUGGACUCUUGCGGUAUGCACCUAGUAUCCGGGGCUGGACGCUAGGAAAGAUCGGGGAGAGGAGGGAUUCUUCGUACGAGGUUAGUAACCUGCUGGCGUUUGAUUCUGCUGCUGCGGGCAGCGAUGGGGAUGGCAAGUGCAGGGUCACCAAGAUGGUCUUCGUCCAGCCGGGGAAUGUGCUUAGUGCGCCGCUGGUGUUUAAUGUUGUUAGUGUGAAAGGAGGGAGUUUGGUGAUUGCGGUUAGUUGGCAGGCUGGGGCAUUGGGGUUGGACAGAGUGGAUGAGGAAGGAGGUUUUGUUGAAGGGGUUUGUGAGGGGAUUAGGGCUGGGUUUGAGGGGUUGAGGGAUGAUUAAAGGGCAAGGGCUGUUGAGGUAUGUAUAAUAGUUAGAACAAUAAUCUUAAUAUAAUCUAUAUAGUGUCCUACUCCC